AUGGAUAGCACCGUUCAAGCGGGCACUCUCAAGUCAAAAAUACCUUACCCGAAGCUCGCCGCAGCUUCCCAUCUACAAGAGAUGACCGAAUCGCAACACAACACCCGUUCUCAAUCCUCCUUGACGAGAAUCCCAGCACAGUCAGGACUAAAGCGAUCUGCCUCGGAGCCUCAGCUCGAAGCACACAACAUAUUCGGUUGGCACGCACUCGACCCCAGCGCAACUAACCGAGAUGGGGCGUCGGCAACAGGGAAUCUGAAUGUCGAUGAACGCCUUCGGGAAGUCGAGUCCCAAUUCGUUGGCUUGAAGGACGUGAUGAGCCAGACACUCGCCGAGCGGAAAUCCCAAGAACAGAUGGUAGAACUAGCACAAACAAGAGCGAACGAAUUACAACGGCAGCGGGACCAGCUCGAAGAGAAGAAUCUGGCACUCCAAACGGAUUUGGAGUCGAUGAAAUUACAGCUCCAGUCUGAAACCGUGGCGACCGAGAGGGAGCGCAGAGAAAAAAAGUAUCAACUCGAGGACCAGACGCGCCAACACCAGCGAGAAGUACACGACCUACGCAGGGAACUAACUGACAGUACGGAAAAAUUACGACGGGUAUACGAGAACGAACUAGAAGACGUGAAGAAAAAGCACAGAGCCGAGCUCGAGGAAGAAAAAAGGCGUACAUUGCAUCUGAUGGACGAUAUCAAGGCUAAACUUGACUCGGAACAGCAAGACCUACAAUUGGUGAUUCAAGAAAAAGACCAGAACUUACGAAAAUUCGAGGCAGCAUUGGACGAGCUGCAGUUGGACUUGGGCCGGGAAAAGUCUUUGCAGACCGCGUUGCGGGGGCAGCUGGCGGUUGAAUCAACGACGAGAGUGGAGCUGGAAGAACGUGUGCGUGCGCUUCAGGCGCAAGUUGACUUUCUGAAGUCGGGCAGCAAGCAGCAGUCUGACCAGUUUUCCACGAUGGAGGCGCGCAUGCAGCAAGCCCUGAAGCUGGCUGAUGAGGCACGUCAGAAACUAGUCAAGGAGGAAACAGAGCGGCGUAUCUUGUUCAACAAAUACCAGGAACUCAAAGGCAAUAUACGCGUCAUGUGUCGCGUUCGACCUACGGAUGAGAAAGCCAGGAAAGAGGAGGCAACCAUCACGUAUCCGGAUGCGAAAUCAUCCUCUUCGCAAAUUGGAGUGGCAGGACCGGAAGAACGAAGCAGCCUCGGGGUUGUCAGCCGAAAAACAAUACCUUUUGAAUUCGACCGGGUCUUCGGGCCCGCCGUACUCAACAGCGAGGUCUUUGACGAGAUAUCGCAGCUAGUGCAGAGCGCCCUGGAUGGCUACAACGUCUGCAUAUUUUGCUACGGUCAGACGGGGUCUGGGAAGACAUAUACUAUGUCGUCCCAAGACGGCAUGAUUCCCCGAGCUACUCACAUGAUAUACGGGAGAAUUAGUCAUCUCAGGGAAGUGUCAUGGAAUUACACUAUGGAAGGGAGUUUCGUUGAGGUGUAUAAUGAGGAGCUGCACGACCUUCUUGGCGGUUCAGUGGGCGCGGCAGGUGGGAGGGACGCCGAUGAGAGGAAGAAACUGGAGAUACGGCACGACGACAUUCGCAAAUCGACGACCGUUGUUAACUGCAAGACUGUGCAGCUCGACUCGGCAGAACGGGUGGAAUCUAUGCUGCAGCAAGCUCAAAAAAACCGGUCGGUUGCUGCAACAAAAGCGAACGAGCGUUCAUCCAGGUCACAUUCGGUCUUCAUCCUGAAGCUGGUAGGAGAAAACACGGCUACAGGGGAACGCUGCGAAGGGACCCUGAACCUUGUAGAUCUUGCUGGGUCGGAACGACUAAAGCACAGUGGUGCCGAAGGCGAUCGUAUGAAGGAGACGCAAAGUAUCAACAAAAGCUUGGCGUGUCUGGGUGACGUCAUUGAAGCUCUCAGCAGGGGAGCACCCCAUGUUCCAUACCGGAACUCAAAACUCACACACUUGUUGCAGUAUUCUUUGGGUGGAAACUCAAAAACUCUCAUGUUCGUCAUGGUUAGUCCCAUGGAAGCACACCUUAAGGAGACCAUCACGAGCUUGCGGUUCGCCACAAAGGUGAACAACACACAUAUUGGCACUGCUAGUUCGACCAAGAAAAUCAAAGACCGAGGGAAGGACGCGUGA